AUGUAUUGUGGCAGAUGUGGUCAUCCGGUGGAUUAUGAAAAAGCAAUAUCAUUGUUUGAAUCAUCGGAUUCUCUCAAAUCUCACUACUUUUCUCAAAACAUGAUGGGAAAUAUUUAUUCGAAUGGAAAUGGAGUCGACAUUGAUUAUACUAAAGCUAAGGAAUAUUAUGAAAUGGCUGCAAAACAAAAUUAUUCAAGUGGUUUCCAUAAUUUGGGAAAUAUGUAUUAUUAUGGAAAUGGAGUACAACAAGACUUCACAAAGGCAAUGGAGUUAUUUGAAUUGGCAGCUCAAAAACUCAUUACGAUGUUACAUGUAACAAAUAUUUAG